AUGCCAGAUCUAUCCAAGAUUGACUUCCAAAGUACAAUCGCAUUGAUUACGGAUUCGGAGAACGGUCCGUGCUUUGACCAUGUACCUGAGAAGUAUUCUUCGUUCCCAGGAAAGGUACUCCCUGCGGCUCAUUUAGUUGAGGAAGAGCGUACGCCCAAUUAUAAUCCUCAGCAUUUUUACCCCGUGCGGCUCUAUGAGAUAUUCAACAGCCGAUACCAGAUUGCUGCCAAAAUAGGCUGGGGCACAAGCUCAACAGUAUGGCUAGCACGCGAUCUUUACCAAAUAUCCGAUAAGAUAACCAAUUUCUGUCUCACUGUCUGCUAUGCUGUAGGUGGCGGUGGCUCCCGCCCCGAUAUGUGGCCAUCAAAGUUCAAGUUGAUGCGAACAGCUAUCCAUCUUCAGAGUCGCAACUUUGUCACCACAUUCUUAGACUCAUUUUAUGUUGCCAGCCCGAAUGGCACCCAUAAUUGCAUGGUCUUUGAUGUACUGUGUGAACCACUUUGGAUGCUGAAGCGUCGCUUUCAAGGGAACAUCAUCCCUCUCGAUGGCUUGAAACCAGUAUCCAAACUCAUAUUGAAGGGACUACGGUAUCUACACAACGAAUGUCAUGUUGUUCACACAGGUAUCAAACACUCCAACGGAUCUAAUUCUUAA